AUGAAGCAGGAAAAAAUUAUUAUUCGAGUAUAUAUUAGAAUAUUGUGGCUUCCAAAAAAAUAAGUGAAGCUAAUAAGAAUUUAUUAUUAGGAUUAUAUUAAAAUGAUUUAUGUAUUCAUAUUGCUUAAAAACUGCCUUUUUGCUCCUAUGAAAACGGUAAAUUCACAUAUUUUCCCAAUUACCCUAAACCAGAAGAAAUCAACAAUAAUAGAGAACGUCUAAAACAAGGAUUCAAUGGAAUUUAUCAAGACUUUGUUUUCUAGCAAAUUUAUUAAAGAACUUAAUGGAGAGUUAGAAACCAAUACUGAUGAAAUUAAAAACUUUUUACUCACACCAGAAUAUUCAUAAAUCCUGUUGCCUUAUUUUUAUGAUUUAAACAAGGCUAUAGAGUUAUUUUAUGAUACAAUCAUAGCUACAUCGGUAGACAUUUUAGAAGUGGAUUAUCAAAAUUAUCUGAUCUAUACUAUUCUAUAUGGGUUUAGUGUAUCCUCUAUGUUGUUUUACGUAAUCAUUUACAACUCAAGGAGAUUGCAAAGAUAAAUCAGAGCAAUUCGACAAGCAUUAAUAUUAUUACCACAUGAGAGUUUAUUGGAUGUUUAAGUUUAUAGCGCUAUAAAAAGAUUUGAAUAAGGAAUGUGA